CAUGAUGUCUCUUCCCGAUGUUUUGUUUGCGGAGGAGCAGGGAUGUGGCCAGGUGCACGCUUACAACCACAUGGAUUCAGGCCACCUAACACCGGUCACCAUGCUCGAGCACAAUCAGGAACAGGGCUUCGUAGGUGAUGUCCACUCACAGCCAGCAUCCAAAUUCUGCUCCUCCGUCCAGGACACACUAAGGGCCAUCGUCCCCCCCCACGUGUGGCACACUCCGCCCCCUCUCAACUACAUCGCGGAAAAAGCCCUCCAACCGUGUCCAGCUGAGAUGCGUCCACCUGCCCUCCCUCACCUGCCCACCACCGCCGCCACACCUGGAAGAUUUGCCAAGUCACCGCUAGUCAGCUGCACACCUGCACCGAGAGGGAGGAAGCUACGUCUUUUCCACUUCCUGUUUGAGAUGCUGGAGAACCCAGAGAUGGCCCAUUGCGUGGCCUGGGUGCCUUCGGCGGCAUCCGCCGGGGUGUUCUCCUUCUCCUCGCAGAACAAGGAACGCGUUGCCGAGCUCUGGGGCCGAAGGAAGGGCAACCGGCGGCCCAUGACCUACCAGAAGAUGUCACGCGCUCUGCGCAAUUAUGCACAGUCGGGAGAGAUCGUCAAAGUCAAGAGGAAGCUGACUUAUCGCUUUAACUGUGCCACACUACGCAUCCUCCGCAGCCAGCAAGGAUCGGAGAACGCAACAGCAGCACAGUAUAAUCAAGCGCACCAACUAUAGAUUAUUGUUGAUGACAGCGUGUAAUUACCAAGUAGUGAAGCGGCUCGCUGUAAGCCAUUAUGAGUUUAUGAUUAUGGAUAUCAGUGUCACUAACCGACUCCUAAUUGAGCCUUUGAUGACAAUGAUGACUCAGAAGAGCAGAGAGCCGUCAAGUGAAAUUUGAUUGAUUGUGCAACUAGUUGCUCAGUUCAGUGUUUAUAAUGGUGUAAUUAGUUUUGUUACUGGUGUGCUGGUGUGAAUCAGUUGAAGUAAAUGUGAACACUUUGUGUAUUAGAGAGAGAUGAGCUAGGCCUUGUACCUCUAUGCAUGCAACAGAUUGAACGAUCAGCACUGGGAAGAUUUGUGUGAAACUUGUAUUCUCUACAAACACAGCAAUACUGCCAUCACCUGGUGAAAUGCUGUGUUGCCGCAAAUCAUUUUCUAGAGAUGAUUGUGGCGCCAUGAUACUGGUUUGAGGUUUGGCUGUAUUGUUCAAUUUGUCAAAAUCCCCCUUUCUAAAGAGAAAGCGAAUUGUUUGAUUAUUAGAUAAUUUACUCUCAAAUGAAUAGUGACCACAUAUUCUGCUCUUAUUUUCGUUGUCUUAUAUCUUUCUUAUUGUCUUACUUAAAGCUUUACCUAUUUAGAGAUUGAAAUGAUGUAAAUUGCUGUUGGCUAUCAUUUCAUACUUCCUAAUCCACUGUUUCAUGUGAUAUCAUGUGUUUCACAGAAAGAAGAAUAUGCAGGGAAAUAUAAACACACAUG